GUCGCGCGAAUAAUCUCGGAUCGGAUCCGCGCUUUCGGUUUUGGUCAGACUCGUGUAAAGCCCGUGUGUCCCACUAAAUGAAUAUUCGGUUCGUUAGCCGCGCGACAUGCUCCAUUCUCAUUCAUUGUAUUUUCUGUGUGCACGGCGAAAUGUAAUUGGAAAAUAUUUUCCAAAAUGCAGAGGGACGAGUUUUCGCAUGAAAUCGCAGAUUCGUCGUGUAUAAACAUACUUCGAUGAUUUUGAAGAGGAGCAGAAAAAAAAAGCGGGUGGAAAUCGUAAAUGGCUAGCGGACGGUUUAAUUGGCUCGCGCCCUCUCUGUUGGUUCCUUUCUGCUCGAUCUUGAUCUCGUGGAGGGGCGAAAGAACGGCCGAACACCCUGAGAAGGGUUCAAAGGCAAAUGGCGAGGCAGCAGGAGCGUCUCUUCAGCUUCUGAAGUUAGACGUGCCUAGUAUAGCAGAUCCCAGGUGGGACAGAUUAACGCUGAGGUGCGAGUACGAUUUGGGAGGCGAGGAUUUGUAUUCAGUGAAAUGGUACAAGGACGGCGCGGAGUUCUUCAGGUACAUGCCCGAUUCGAGACCGCCGGGCCGUGAUUUCCCCGUCGACGGGGUCUACGUGGACGUGAACAAGAGCGAUAGCAAACAGGUGACGCUGCUGGGACAGGCGAACAAUCGAAGAGGCAAGGUGAAUCUCACGGGUUCAUACGGUUGCGAGGUGUCUUCGGAAGGACCGAGUUUCCUGACAAUCUACGGCGAGGCGAACAUGAGCGUGGCCAUUCUUCCAAAGCAAAGGCCGACGAUCCGCGGGCUCCGACCGUCUUAUGAAGCGGGUCAGACUUUCCAAGCGGAAUGUAACUCCGCGGCCAGCUACCCACCCGCCCAGCUCAUCUUUAUCCUCAACGGAAAAGAGGUAAACAAAAUGUUAACAAAGGAACUGCCAAGCGUGCCGUCCUCCGAAGACAGCAUUCUGUCGUCGACGCGGCAAAGGCUGACACUGCGUCUGGAGAGGCACCAUUUUCCCGGAGGUACCCUAACUCUGACCUGUCAGUCAAUCCUACCAGGAAUCGUGGGUGCGAAGCCACUCGAGAGAACAGAAACCGCGACCAUGGCCGCAAGCAAUCAACGAUUGGCCCAAGAACCGCCUAGAUCCAGCUCCUUCGUCAACUACCCACCCCCGAUCUUGAUCUACUGUCUAUUAACGAUCUUCGGAUCGCUGAAUCGCGGUAACUUAGCACCGUUGCAUGUUUAAUUGUCGAUUCGUUCGGUAAUCGUCACCGUAUCUCGCUCGCUCAUCUUUUCUUAUCCGGGCUUCUCAGAACGACCGACUAAAUUAAACUAAAUUAAACGAAAACCACCGUUGCGUUUGGGACUCAACGAUUCUCAACCGAUCGAAUUUCUCAAUACCGCACUGCCAAAUGUGAAUUCCGUUGCUCGUACAGAGGGAGUUCUCGCGGGAAAAGUGUCGGCGUCGACGUCCUCCCGAGGAAAUUUUUGCGAAAAUUUUACGUACGUGUACUACCGUUAGUGUACCAAAUACUUGUGAAUAACAAUUGCAUCGACGGUCGCGUAUAACGGCGACGAGACGAAGUUAUAGCAAUAUACUUUAACGAGAAGCGAAGACGAGUCGUUCACGCGAUAUAUGUACAUAGUGUAUGAUUGUUGUACGAAUUAGAUUUACGACGACGAUGUGUAUUUAAAGUGGGAGGGAGUGGAGGAUUUAAGGGUGUAACACGGUGAAAGUAAACGGAGAGGGAGAGAUCAAGAUCGCGACUCGGUGAUCGUGUGCUCGAUUGUUUUAUGAACGCGUGAUGUGAGCCGAGAGUGGAAUACGAUGGGAUCGAAGGGCGAAGGGUGUAAAUUUGAAUCUGACAAGGGAUAGGCUCUAGCGAUUCAUGUUUAUCACCUUUCAAAGUAUAAUUGCACUGUUUUUCCCUUGGUCUCUCGGCUGAUCCUUUUUGGUGACGUACAAGAAUUUAUAUACAUAUAAAUAUAAAUAUAUAUAUACAUAUAUAUAUAUACAUAUACAUAUAUGUAUACAGGAUAAAUUCGUCAUAUUUACGUUUUAUUGUAAUUUUACAUGAUCCAUAUCUGAUCGUUACGACACAUUUCAAGGAAUAAAGACAAACGUCAGGCAUAA